CUCCCAAUGAGUCAAAUUUUGAUAAUUUUCAUCAGCCAAAAAAUGACGUAAAUCACCCAGUUUGUGUUUCAUUGCGACUGUUACAUCCAAUACUCAACUAUGGCCGACAUCAAUGACGGGGGAGGAGAGUAUUUGCAUCUUUAUUGCCCCACAGAAGAUGCAGAGGAGGAGGCAUCAGAUGAUGUUGCAGGCGACCAAGAAGAAAGGAUUCAAUAUCUCAGAGAAUCUUGUCUCCAAGGUGACACAUGUAGUUACUGAUUUAGAUUCCCUGGACCAAGCUGAAAGACUUCUACAACUUUCAGCCAUAAAGGACAACUUCAUUGUUAUUUCUUCAUCUUGGAUAACCGACUGUCUGAAAGCAGGCAAAGUUGUCCCCAUCAAGGCAGCACAAAUGCUAAAACCGAACAAAGAGUCUGAUACGACAGCUGAAGAAGGCCAGGGUGAUCCGUCCAUGCCAGAAUAUGUCUGUCAACGUGCUAACCCACUUCACCACCACAACAAGAUAUUUACGGAUGCCUUGGAAGUCCUUGAGAAGUUUGCAGACAUGCGAGAUGAGGGAAGUGACUAUUCCCGAGCCCUUGCCUUCAGGCGUGGUGCCUGUACAUUGAAGUGUCUUCCGAAAAAAGUCAGCGAUAUCAAGGAAAUAGAAGGUCUUCCGGAUAUUGGAGGUCAUGUGAAACGAGUUGUGAAGGAAAUACUCGAUGAAGGGUUUUGUACUGAAGUUGAGGAAAUCCGUCAAAGUGAAAAGUUCAAGACUUUGAAGGAAUUCACUGGUGUGUAUGGAGUCGGACCAGCAACUGCCAAGAAAUGGAUGAACCUUGGAUUCCGUAGUGUCUACGAUGUAAUAGACAGCGAUGAAGUAUUCGAUCCCCGAAUUACUGAGGGUUUAACCUAUCGCCAUGAUCUUAACUCCUUGGUGAGCAAGGUUGAAGCUGUGUAUAUUGAAGAUAUGGUGAGGGAGGUCGCGGAGAGUAUACUCCCUGGUGUCACUGUGCAGGUCACAGGUGGAUUUAGGAGGGGCAAGGAGAUGGGUCAUGAUGUUGACCUUCUCAUCACUCAUCCCGAGGACGGUAUGGAAAAAGGAAUUCUAUCACAAGUCAUUGACAAACUGACAGCAAAAAAUAUCAUUCUACACGGCGGCUUAGAAAAGAGUACGUACAGAGAGGAAAUUUUAUCCAAAAGGCACGACUCUAAACAAACUCCAAAAACUACAUUCGAUCACUUUGAAAAGUUCAUCGGGAUAAUGCGAAUACCAAAAAUUUCACCAACGGAUGAAACUCGGCAAAAAAGACCAAAAUUGGAACCGUAUAUUGGGAAAGGUGCAAGCGGGAUUCGAUUGGAUAGUUGUGAGCGUGAUUGGGCAGCACGGCGCGUUGAUUUGAUUGUGGUUCCUCAGCGGCAAUAUUACUACGCACUUUUCGGCUGGACGGGAAGUCGGCAGUUCAAUCGUUCGGCUCGUCUGUACGCGUUACGGAAGAUGAAUAUGAAACUUACGAGCCAUGGAUUGUUUGAUUACAGCAAGGGUGAAUCGAUUCCUGCAGACAGUGAAAAGGAAGUCUUUAGGAACUUGCAGCUGACUUACCGAGAGCCAUCGGAGAGAAACGCCUGACAGAACAGAAGUCAGAAGGAUUUGGCUUCAAAUUAGUCCUGCAACUGGAAUUGACUUCCAGCCAUAUUGUUCAGACAUCAUUUGUUGA